AUGGGAGGCGACGGGGAGGAGUCUCCUGCGAACGCUGGAGGUGCGGAUGCGGGGAAGCGCGACAGGGGACUGAACGGAUCCAGGAACGGUGACAGCAUGUUCGUCGUUGUCCGCAAUCUGCCAGAGGCUGCCAGAGGCUACUCGUGGUUCAAGAGGUGCGGGGCGGACGUCGACGUGGUCAAGGCGGAGUUCUUCGGCCUCAAGCCCGGCCAGCCGCGGUGGGCCAUCUGCGAGGCCCGGGACGCCGACGAGGCCUCCAGCAUGGUCAAGGCGCUGGACGGCUUCGACACGAAGCUGGACAAGCCCCUCGCCGCGGAGGCCGUCGGCCGGGAAGCUCGGGAGAAGCUGGCUGGCCGCAGGGAGAACGCGAAGGGGCGGCCUGGCGCCGAAAG